CUGGGAAUUUAAGCGCGAAAUGAAUACAAAUUUGUAGGUUAAUGUAACAACUGAAUAAAAAGAUGGAUUUUAUAGCAAGAAAAAAGUUUCAAAAAAAAGUGGAAAGUGAUAACUUAAUUGAGCUUUAUCCAACUGAUUUGCAAUUUUAUAAUCUCCCUCCUGGAAACCAGAUAACUUUGCAGGAAUUUGAAGAUUUAGCAUUAGAACGAUUGCAAGUGCUUAGAAUUUUAGAGCAAGCAACACAAAGGGGUAACAAGUUAUUUACACAAUCGUGGUUCGAUGUAGUGAAAAGUGAUUUACGAAAGCAAAAACUUGUUCGAUUCCAUCACUUCUUAAACUUAAGUGGUGGCUGCAGCGUAUUGGAGUCUCGCAGAGCGGAUCAUUUAUCACAUUUUAUUCUUCGUCUCGCUUACUGCCGUUCUGAGGCUCUAAGGUCUUGGUUUUUAGCUCGAGAAUUGGAAUGGUUUAAGACUAAGUUUAUUACGAUUUUCAAGCAGAACCCAGAUGAUAUACAAACCUUUUUCGCUUUAAAUCAUCUUACUUACAAUGGUAUUUCUAACGAAGAAAAACAAACACUGUUGACGAGCUUAUUAAAAUCCACAAUCAUGGCAGAUGAUGUCUCGGUUACAAAUUUUUAUAAAGUGCCAUUCAACAGUGUGACCAGUUUGGUUAACGCUCGGAGGGUUUUUGUCAAAAAUGGGCAGGCAUAUAUUCCACAAUUUGAAUUGGUUACUUGCAUUCAAUCGAUAUUUAGAGCACGUCUAAGUGAAGCCCUAGCGCAACUUAGUCAUAUCAUUCCUAAUGUAGACGAUGAACGCUUAAACAAUCUUCUUCAGAACUUGCAUAUAAGCUAUACCGGUCAAGAUUAUAAUGGGUUGCCUGAUAAUAAGAGUAACGUUAGAGCAGAAUUUUUAGAUUAUUAUUCGAAAAAGCAGUUUCCAUUAUGUAUGCGCCACAUACAUCAAGUUCUUAGAUCAACGCAUCAUCUGAAAUACAGAUGUCGUUUGCAAUAUGGUUUAUUCCUUAAAGGUUUGGGCUUAAGUCUUGAAGAAUGUUUGAAAGUGUGGCGUGAUGAAUUUACUAAGACUAUGGAUGAAAAUACUUUUGAAAAAAAAUAUGCCUACGGCGUAAAACAUCAGCAUGGAAAAGUUGGCGGAAUGGUGAAUUAUAAACCUUACAGUUGCAUGACAAUUAUUAUGGGGAAUGUGGGGCCAGGAGAGCAUCACGGAUGUCCUUUCAAACAUUUUGACGCUACUCAAUUACGACAAAAGUUGGUGGAGGAUGGGAUUCCUGGAACAGACACAGACGAAAUCAUGACGCUGGUCAAAGACGCUCACUACCAAAUUGCGUGCACAAAAUAUUUUGAACUUACUCACCAUAAACAAAGCAAAUCGGUUAUAAAUCACCCGAAUCAAUAUUUCGAUGAAAGUGAUGAAAUAUUAAAUGUAAAUUCUAAAAAACCAACGUAGGGCGCAGGCAGCUGCCACAUUAUUAAUUUAUCUUCUUUUGUUAUGUGUGUACAUGUACGUUCAUGCCCAUUAGAAAUAAAGUUCUUCAAAGAAUAA